AUGGCUGUCGAAGCUAUUAACCAGAACACAACAGUUUUACCAGAUUAUCGUCUUGAAUUGGAAUUAGCCGAUAGCCAGAUGUCUCAGGGUGUAGCGGCUAAGGCAUUUUUCGACUCAAUUUCACGUUCACCGACAAAAAUAGGAGUCAUUGGUCCAUUAAUAUCGACAGCCAAUGCCUAUGUUGCAAGUAUAUCCAAAUUUUACAACUUAGUUCAGGUGGGUUAUGCUGCAUCUGGUUUAUCCUUAGACGAUAAAAAAAAUUAUCCUUACUACUAUAGAACAUCAAUAACGCAAUAUAGUUAUUCAUUAGCUCGCAUUAAACUUCUCAAGCAAUUCAAGUGGGAAAAAGUAGCAAUUAUUUAUUCAACAGCCGGAACUUAUUCUACAUCAGCUGCUAUGGUUCAACAAACUUUACUUAAAGCCAAUAUCAAUGUGGCAGUUAUGGAAAGUUUUGAUGAUCAUCCAAGUGUUGCAAUUAAGGCUAUCAAGGACAAAGAUGUUCGAAUUAUUGUCGUUAUAAGCCAUUAUAAUCAACAAUUUUCACUUUUUUGUGAGGCUUACAAACAAGGAACAUAUGGUGGUCAGUAUGUCUGGUUAGUGGCCGGUUGGCAUCCAGAUAAGUGGUGGACACGAAAAUGGCAUUAUUCUAAUUGUACAGCUGAUGAAUUAGAGAAAGUCGUCGUUAAUUCAACAUUUUAUACUAAAGCUCCGAUAUAUUCAACCGCAUCUCGUCAAACAAUUUACGGAAAGAAUGGAACUCAAUUCUAUCGUGAUUUCUUAAAGAAAAUUAACUCCAAUAACACCGUAUGCACCGUGGCCGGACAACUCUACGAUGCAGUCUGGUCGUUAGCCUUAGCUUUAAAUUCCACGGAAGGACGAUUAAAACAAUUAAAUUUAUCUUUACAAAAAUUUAAUUAUCAACACAAUCAAAUAAGAGAAAUAUUGAUGGAAGAACUGAAUAAGAUCUCAUUUUAUGGCACAACAGGCCCAAUUGAAUUUCAUAAAGGUAGCCGCAUUGGAGACGUAGAAAUAUACCAGCAACAAGGUACCAUAACUUUCGUUAUUUAUAUAUGUAACAAAACGGCUUUGCAACAAGAUAAUGUAAUCUUGCACAAAAUGCGAACGAAGAAAGUUAAUAAGUCAGUCAUUAAAGGAAAUGGAGUUCCGCUAGUUUUUGUUUAUCGACACGAUGAGAAAAAGUUAGAAUUUGAGAAGCCAUUAAUUUGGAAAUAUGGCUAUCCUCCACGCGAUCAUGUAGCUGUAAAAAUCAACAUUCUUACCAUAUCAAAAUCCCUCUUUAUCCCAUUCAGUGUCUGUGCUUGCUUGGGAAUAUGUCUUGCUUUGGCUAUUGCUGCUUUCGUCAUCUACUUUAGGAACAAUAAGUAA